AUGGAAGUGGGUGUUACCUUAGUUUUGAAUGGCCAAGAAGGAACUCUUAAGCUGUCUGUUUUGGAAUGCGGAUGCUAUGUGAAAGAUAUCUCCAUUAAGUUAGAUGGUGGAGCAUCUUGGCUUUACGAAGGGUUAGUGGAUGCUUUUGAUGGUCAAAUAGUUUCUGCAGUUGAAGACAAUAUUUCCAAGAAAAUCAGAGAAGGAAUAAUGAAGCUUGACUCCUUACUGCAAUCACUUUCGAAACAAAUUGCAUUGGAUGACAUUGCUGCUUUGAAUGUUACAUUUGUGGGCAAUCCUAUAUUGAGUAAUUCUUCCAUUGAAUUUCAAAUCAAAGGUCUAUUCAUGGCUCCCAAUGAUGAUUUUGCUUCCAACCUAUACAAUAAAGGUGCAUUAGAUCCUGUUCCCUUCAAUGCUCCAGCUAAGAUGGUUGAGAUACCACUACAUGAAAAUGUCUUUAGUUCAGUGUCCUUAGUUUUCUUCAAUGAAAAUUAUAUGCAAUGGGUGAUCAAUAAAACACCAAACCUGUCCCUUUUGAACACUGCUGGAUGGAAAUACAUUGUUCCUCAACUAUACAAGCAUGUCAUGGAUGCUGAUGAAGUAAUACCAGUUGCGUGGAUAUCAUUGGUAAUAUGCUUCCUUGGAGUGUUUGAGAAUCAUGCUUCAUGUUCUCCAGAUAUCAUGAUAAAUAAACUAGCUGAUACUAUUAAAUUGAAUCAUGUUACUGCAUAUUUGAAGAGCAAAAUUGAUAACCUUCACAUGCAUCUUGUUCAGGUCGUAUUGUCAACAAUUCUCAAAACUGUUGUGGUGCCAUAUGUGAAUUUACACAUCUGGAAAGGACUACCUUUACCACUUCCUCAUGGGUUUACACUACAUAAUUCUGAAAUCGUCUCCAUCAAUUCAAGGCUUAUGAUAUUCAGCGAUGUUGCGAUUGCAGAACAAUCUCCAACAUCAGUAAGCAGAGUGCUAGACAAAAUUACCAUUGUGGUUGCCCCGAAUACGAACACCAACACAAACUACAAGCACAGCAGUGGCAAUGCUGAUGAGGAGACAAGUCUGAGUAGAUACCAUGACUCACUUAAGCAACUGGACAAGCUCGACUUCAUGAAAGCUGCAAAAAUCCUCUUCACUGGUCGACCUUCCAAAAAGAAGUUUGGGUUGUUUUUGGUUCUCGUUGGCAUUCCAGUUGCUGAAGCACCUGUUGAGGGUGGUCUUGAUUUCUUUGAAGUUGUUCAAGGAUAG